AUGACAACAAAUAGAUUUGGUAAUAUUCAAUUUACCAAAUCGAGUUCAGAUGAAGUUAAGCAAGAUGAAACGUUGAAUAAAUCCAAUGGUUCAAUGAGUAUGAUGGCAUCUAUUCAUGACGAAUAUUCAGAUUUUGAAGAUGAAGAAGAAGAAGAUGAGGAUUUACUGAGCGCUGCAAAUCAGCGAAACCCUGAAUUGGGCUCAAACGAGGAUUCCAAGGAUGAUGAAGUUUUUGAAGAAGAACAAUCCAUGUCGAUGGUUUCUCAAAAAUCUGCAAGUAAGAAGACGCCGAUAAUCAAGGAUUCCAAUUCGGCACGUCAGAUUCACUUCACCAAAGAGAAUACACCUCAUCAUGACACCAGUACAAUGAAUGAUCUUAACCUGAGUAAUAAUAAUGAACAGGAUGUAACAAUAAAAGUUUCAUCCAAAUAUCAUAAAUAUGGAAUAGGUGCAAAAUUAAUGAUGAAAAUGGGAUAUCAAGAAGGAAAAGGGUUGGGGAAUGAUCAAUCUGGAAUAGUUGAUCCAAUUAAUGCUACUUCGAAUAUGGGAAAAUUUGGAUUAGGAGCAAGAUCAAACAAAAUUAUAGCGAGUGCUGAUGAUGAAGAUGAACAAUAUAAAACUGUUGAAGACGAUGAAAAAGCAUUGUUUUUGAAAAAAGUUUUGAAACUUAGCUAUAAAAUUUAUAAUCUUGUUGGUAACUUUGAACAAAAUAACAUUAUUUUGCCAGAGGAAUUGAUUACAUGGGCGAAUAACGUCAAAACAAUUGAGACCGAUCAAGAGUAUGACAGGGCAAAGGAAGUUUACAAUUAUUUUGAUGAAAUUUGGGAUGAUUUUCACGCAUACAAUGAAAAACAAAAAAAAUUGAAUAAAGAGUUGAAUAUAUUAGAUGAUACCAAUCCGGGAAAAAGAUGCCUUGAUUUAACCACUUUGAAAAUUGAUCUAGAAGAUAUGUACACCAGUCACGAAGAGAUUUAUCACUUUGAAUAUGUUCCAAAACUAAGUGAUCUUUCUUUGACUGAUGACGAGAAAGCUUCCGUAUUUUUGACGCUAUCUCAGCAAGACCUUGCUUACAUUUUACAAGUACCGUUAGAGGAUUAUUCUAAAAAUGAAAUUGAUAUUAUACCAUCACUUAAUAAAUAUGCUGAGAUAUGCACAAAACUAACUCCAAAUAGUAAUUUAUUUUUCAACUAUUUAAUUCAGCAAUACAUAAUCAAGUUUAAUGAAUUAUUUGAAGGAAGUGGCUACGACGAUGCGGAAACAGAUGAGUUGAACAUUGAAAUUUUGUCAACUUGGGUCAGUCUUUCUUCCUCAAUUUUGAAAGAAAAACUACUUUCUAAAUGUUUUCAAGCAGUGUUUGUUGGGUAUGUUUUUAAACGAAUUAAAGAAUGGAAUCCUUUGGAUAUUGAUCGAUCGGACUGGUUUAUUGAUGAUUACUUGAUUUUACUUUCAGCUACGAACGUUAAUAUGGAUCAAAUUUUUAGCAUUUUAAUUACAAAAAUCAGAGAUUACUUUGAAUUAGAAAACAGAUCUUCGAUAUGGACUAAUUUUGGAACUGCUAGCGAUUUAAAGAAAAUAAAGCUCCAAGUAUCUGAAAUAUUUCAAAUGAGAUUACCAACAAUUCGUAGAUACGAUCAAGUUCAAGCUCAAUCGUUAGUAAAAUUGUUUGAGAGGUCAUUUCCAAGAUGGCUUGAGAACGCUUUAACUAGCUUUCAUGAUAAGAGACUUGUGUAUGAAUGGUCGUUCUGCUUAGCUGAGGUUUCAAAAUUUGAGUCAUGUUUUAGUCCACUUCAAUAUAUUUUAUUCAAUAGAUGGAUCAUGGAGCUAGUUGAACUUGGAAAAAAUGAUUCAAAAAGAGCAAUUGAAUUUUAUGCUAAUUGGUUUCAAUAUUUUCAGGAAAAAUUAAUUCAUUGUAACUCUUCUGUAAUAACGGAUUUAAUUAAUUGGUAUUUAAACAAAGCAUUGAAAAUUAUAAAAUCAAACUUUGAUGAUGCAGAAUGCUCAAAUUUACCCAGAUCACUAGGCUCAAUUCGACCUACUGCAGAUGAUUUACUUAAAUUCGAUGAUUCCACUUCAUUGAAUGCUAAUGGUAUACCAUCCCAUAAUUUAAUGACGACAUUUAAAGACAUAUUACUUGAAUAUUGUUCUUCAAAGAAUAUAACGAUGAAUUUAUUGAAAGAUUCAUUUCAUUUUACUAAAGGUUAUCCAAUUUAUAGGUUUAAUUUUGAGAAAAAACUGAUUUUUGGAUAUAUUGAGGAUGACGUUUUAUGGAUCAAUUCUGAUGAAGAUAAUUUUGAAACUCAGGAUUAUCGUCCACUAUUAAUGGAUAAUCUAAUAGAUGAGUUUUCAAAUUGA